GCAUGAUCCAAAUUUUACGCGGCGCGCGGUGGGCCGAAAGACCGAGAAUGAAUAGCCCGGUCUCAACCGGUUCUAACCGGUCUGCAGUUGGAAGCAUGAGCUUAGAGGAAGAGCACUUUUCCACGACCUAAAACAUCUCUGCUGUCGUACAAUGUGCAAAUUGGAAAAGAAAUAAAAUUAGACUAUUUCACUUCGUGAUUAUGACUCGGAAUAUCGCUCCAACUGUGACUCCGUGAAAUUGUUGCUGUUAGCUUAGCUCAACGAUUUAUUAGCCAGCAGAUCUAAAUCAUCAAUGACUUUUCCAUUAGCAGGGGUACUAGCUGUUACAGUCGGAUGUAGUUGCCGAUAGCUGAAAAGAGGCUUCUUUUUCACAGUGACUGAGUAAAAGAAAGAUUGUGCGCUACUGGUAGUUUUAAAGUAAGUCGAAGGAUACUGCGGAAAGCCAUUUUUAACUAGGCGUUGGUUGCUUUUUGUCAUCUACGGAAGCUAGCGUUAGCCUUUAGCUAGCAAGUGCUAGCUGCAGUGUAGCAUCAGUGGUCGCAAUGAGAUAACGCUACAUACUUUUCAACGUAUUAAGACGCUUAGCAUUCCGAGCUCCAGCUACAAGAUCAUUCAGCAACAUUACACUGGUUUUACGACAAGUGGACUGCACAUACCAGGAAGCUCUAUGCCAGCUGAAAUGACCAUGUUGGCCGAUCAUCCAGCCAGACAACUGCUGGACUUCAAUCAGAAACUGGACAUCAACCUGUUGGACAGUGUUGUCAACUCUAUGUACCAUGACAUCGGUAACCAGCAAAGAGUGGCUCAAGAAGUGUUAACAAACCUGAAGGACCAUCCUGAUGCGUGGACGAGGGUUGAUACCAUUCUGGAAUUCUCUCAAAAUAUGAAGACUAAAUACUAUGCGCUGCAGAUUCUGGAGGCAGUCAUCAAAACACGCUGGAAGAUUCUUCCAAGAAAUCAGUGUGAAGGAAUCAAAAAGUAUGUUGUUGGGUUGAUUAUCAAGACUUCCUCUGACCCUGCAAACAUGGAGAAAGAAGGGGUGUAUAUUUCAAAGCUCAACAUGAUUCUCGUACAGAUCUUGAAACAAGAAUGGCCCAAACACUGGCCCACCUUCAUCAGUGAUAUUGUUGGUGCCAGUCGGACCAGUGAGAGCCUCUGUCAGAACAACAUGAUCAUCCUGAAGCUCCUCAGUGAAGAAGUGUUCGACUUCUCCAGUGGCCAGAUGACACAAGUGAAGGCCAAACACCUCAAAGACAGCAUGUGCAAUGAGUUUUCUCAAAUAUUCCAGCUGUGCCAGUUUGUAAUGGAAAACUCCCAAAACGCACCUCUGGUCCACGCCACUCUGGAGACUCUCCUGCGUUUUCUAAAUUGGAUUCCUUUAGGAUACAUAUUUGAGACCAAACUCAUCAGUACUCUGGUCUACAAGUUCCUGAACGUUCCCAUGUUUCGCAACGUGACGCUGAAAUGUCUGACAGAGAUUGCUGGAGUGAGCGUCAAUCAGUACGAGGAGCAGUUUGUCAACCUGUUCACUCUCACCAUGAGCCAGCUCAAACAGAUGCUGCCGCUGAAUACUAACAUCAAAGUGGCGUAUGCCAACGGGAAAGACGACGAGCAGAAUUUCAUCCAGAACCUGAGUCUUUUUCUCUGCACGUUCCUCAAAGAACACGGGCAGCUGGUCGAGAAACGACCCAACCUGCGUGAGACGCUCAUGGAGGCCCUGCACUACAUGCUGUUGGUGUCGGAGGUGGAGGAGACGGAGAUCUUUAAGAUCUGCCUUGAGUACUGGAACCACUUGGCAGCAGAACUGUACAGAGAAAGCCCAUUCUCCACCUCAAGUACUCCUCUGCUGUCUGACGUUCCUCCUCGACGACAUCUCUACCUGCCUGUGCUGUCCCAGGUGCGUUUGCUGAUGGUGAGCCGCAUGGCCAAACCAGAGGAGGUGCUGGUAGUGGAGAAUGAUCAGGGCGAGGUGGUCAGAGAGUUCAUGAAGGACACAGACGCCAUCAAUUUGUACAAGAACAUGAGAGAAACUCUUGUAUAUCUGACACAUCUGGACUACGCAGACACUGAGCGAAUCAUGACAGAGAAGCUCCACAACCAGGUGAACGGCACCGAGUGGUCAUGGAGGAACCUGAACAUGCUCUGCUGGGCCAUCGGCUCUAUAAGCGGGGCGAUGCAUGAGGAGGACGAAAAGAGGUUCCUGGUUACUGUCAUUAAGGACCUGCUUGGCUUAUGUGAGCAGAAAAGGGGUAAAGAUAAUAAGGCUAUAAUAGCGUCAAACAUCAUGUACAUCGUGGGUCAGUAUCCCCGUUUCCUGCGAGCUCACUGGAAGUUCCUCAAGACAGUCGUCAACAAGCUGUUUGAGUUCAUGCAUGAGACUCAUGAUGGCGUCCAGGAUAUGGCUUGUGACACGUUCAUCAAGAUUGCUCAGAAGUGCCGCCGUCAUUUUGUUCAGGUUCAGGUGGGCGAGGUGAUGCCCUUCAUCGACGAGAUCCUCAGCAACAUCAACACAAUCAUCUGCGACCUGCAGCCCCAGCAGGUUCACACGUUUUAUGAGGCCGUGGGUUACAUGAUCGGCGCUCAGACGGACCAGGCGGUUCAGGAGCUUCUGAUAGAGAAGUACAUGCUGCUCCCUAACCAGGUUUGGGACAGCAUAAUCCAGCAAGCCACCAAGAAUGUGGACAUUCUGAAGGAUGCAGAGACGGUGCGCCAGCUCGGCAGCAUCCUGAAGACCAACGUCCGGGCCUGUAAAGCUGUCGGACAUCCCUUUGUCGUCCAGCUGGGUCGAAUCUAUCUGGACAUGCUCAACGUCUACAAAUGUCUGAGUGAAAACAUUUCCUCGGCCGUCCAGACCAAUGGCGAGAUGGUGACAAAGCAGCCUUUGAUAAGGAGCAUGAGGACAGUAAAGAGGGAGACGCUCAAGCUGAUUUCAGGCUGGGUCAGUCGCUCCAGUGACCCUCAGAUGGUGGGAGAGAACUUUGUGCCCCCCCUGCUGGAGGCCGUGCUCAUCGAUUACCAGAGGAACGUCCCGGCUGCAAGAGAACCUGAAGUCCUCAGCACCAUGGCAACUAUAGUCAACAAGUUGGGAGUUCACAUCACCAGCGAGAUCCCGAAGAUCUUCGACGCAGUCUUUGAGUGCACUUUAAACAUGAUCAACAAGGACUUUGAAGAAUUCCCGGAGCACCGAACUCAUUUCUUCUACCUGCUCCAAGCUGCCACGUCCCAGUGCUUCCCCGCCUUUCUGGCCAUUGCUCCAGCCCAGUUCAAACUGAUUCUGGACUCCAUCAUCUGGGCUUUCAAGCACACCAUGAGGAACGUGGCUGACACAGGCCUGCAGAUCCUCUACACGCUCCUGCAGAAUGUUUCUGCAGAAGAGGCAGCAGCACAGAGCUUCUACCAGACCUACUUCUGUGAUAUCUUGCAGCACAUCUUUUCUGUGGUCACUGAUACGUCACACACUGCAGGUCUGACCAUGCAUGCCACCAUCUUGGCCUACAUGUUUAACUUGGUGGAAGAAGGGAAAGUCAGUGUUGCUCUGAGCACCACCAACCCCACCAACAACCAGCUGCAUGUUCAGGAAUACAUCGCCAACCUGCUCAAGAUGGCCUUCCCUCAUUUACAAGAUGCCCAGGUGAAGGUGUUUGUAACUGGUCUGUUCAGCCUGAACCAGGACAUCCCAGCCUUCAAGGAGCACCUAAGGGACUUCCUAGUGCAGAUCAAGGAGUUUGCUGGUGAGGACACGACGGACCUGUUCCUGGAGGAGCGGGAAUCGGCUCUUCGCCAAGCUCAGGAGGAGAAACACAAGCUGCAGAUGUCUGUGCCUGGCAUUCUGAACCCCCAUGAGCUGCCAGAGGAAAUGUGCGACUAAAUCACCUGCAGCGUAAAAAGAACAAGCUCAGAGCCGCGAGGAUGCUUCUUCAUGAAUGAUUUUCUUUUCAAGUAUUUUGAAGUAUUUGAAAUUGUUUGGAAAGAGAAUUUGGGCCGAUAGGAAGAACCCUGGCACUCGGUUGUUUGUCGACCAAAUCAAUGUUUAUAUGUAAAUGAGAAUCGCCAUCAGUUUUGGUAUGUUUUCUUUUUCCUUUACCAUCUUAUUUUAUACAAAGGUUUUUGUGUGUAACAUGCCAUCUUUUGUUAAUUUGUUAUUAAAGCUUUGAUUGGCAACACUGUUCUUUUACAUCUGCUUGAAGUUUAAAAAAUUAAAGGUUAGUUUUAAUCCCUCAACUCAAUAGAUUCAACUCCUGCUCUUUGUUAAUAUGUAAAAUAUAAUGUUAAGACUUUUGCCAUGUUAAUGUGAAAGAUUGCUCGGUUUCAAAAGUGCUUUGUGCACUGAAUAGAAUGAAUGUGAUGCUCAAGGAUAGCUCGGUCCUUGUUUUUUGUCAGUGUGAUAAUUUUUAUUUUUUUGUUUCUUGCUUUUUUGUCCUUAAACGGGUUGGAGCUCUGCUUCUGCUAUUGGGUGUAACUGAAGGUUGUGUGCAGAUCAUCCUGUUUGUAAACCUUUCCAAGUACCAUAUAAAGUUGGCUAUUUUUACAAAACAACUGUAUGCCCAUUCUUCAAAUUAUAAUGUAUUUUUGAACCAUCCAGUGCCUUGAGAUUACAAUAAAAAGCAGCUUGAUCAAGUU